CCAUCCUGAUAAUCCAAGACGACAACCCCAUCACCGAGAUGACCACCACCACCGAGACGACAAGGGCAUCGCCCUCGCCAUGGCCAGACCGAAUAACCGACGUACGCUGUCGGCCGACAAAAUCUCAGUUUCUAACCAGGACAUAUGCCUUCAAUUAAGCGUCGAGGACGCGCAGCGGGUCGCGGAGCUUCGUCAGCAAAUCAGCCUCUUGGAAUCCGAUGAGAAUAAAUACGACUUUUGCGAACGGAUACGUGACGAACUACUUGAACAAUCCAACAACCUUGAGCUUCUCUUGGCUGCCUAUGACGAUAUUAUGUCGAAUUCAUGCGCCAAAUACAAAGAGUUGAAGAAGAACAAAGUGGCUUCCAGGUUUGCGACGCUGGUUUCCAGGUUUGCGAACUUGUUAUCAAUUGCUUCGAACGUCCGGGCGAGGUCCUCCAUAUUGAUAGCGGUGUUUCGAUCGAGGAGCUUGGAGUUGAGAGCGGUAGUUGCGGGAGCGGAAGAAAUACCGGUUUUGGGGAGGGGUGAAGCUGCGCUAUAUUGUGAAUCAUGUCAGGUGAUAUCUAGUCUAAUAAACAGGCAAUUGCAUUCAUGGUGUCUAUACAUACUACAAAACGGGAUUUUUCAUCAUCCCGCUUCAUCAACCCACAAAGGAACAACCACACGACGUGAUGACGGUCUCACGUGAGCACCUUUAUUUUUAAAUAGCAAUAGUAGUAGUAAUAGUACACAGCGCAGGGUCAUGUCAGAGACAAAAAACAAAAAAACU